AUGCGUAACCACGUCAAUGGCAUGGAGGAUCCAAGCGUCCACCGCAUGGUUAUCGACAAGUCUACCCCUACAUCUGACAAAGAUAGCCCAGUUGAUUACAGCAUUCUCCGCAUGCCCUUUCUUAGACGCAUCACAACAGAUUUGCAAGAAGCUUGGCCGGUGUUGCAAUCUGCUUUAGAAGAGUAUGACAUUUCAUGUGCAUUGGAUGUGGAUCGGUAUUUCAUCACAUUCACAACAACCAGGGCCAAGGACCCAUAUGCUAUUCUCAAGUCUAGAUAUCUUCUUCGACUUUUGUCCGCAGCUGUUCCUGCACUUCAGGCAGUAAAAGUAUUGAAUGGAAUUCCAUGUCACCUCAUCUACACUGGGUAUCAUAUAGGCGGGCUUUGCAAAAAAUUUGGGAUCAAGAUGGAUAAGUAUGUUUCUAGGAAGAAAGUACUCAUGACUCUCCCGGUACAGGCACUUGAAAAACUGACAGGCUGUGACAUUUAUCUCUGCCCAUCUGAUGACCUGGUUGCUGUUAUGGGUCCAGUUCAAGGAUUGGAACUAGUCAGAAGGAUUGUGGAAGACUGCAUUGUUCAUAAUGUGCCUCUGGCACCCCGUGUCAAGAGGCUUACAACUUAUGCUCAAACGAUUAAGGGAGUUAAGGCAUUGAGGUUAUGA